AUGAUUCCAAUGGAUACUUGUUCUUCAAAAUAAAUGAGUUUAAAGUAAUUAGGAGAUGUGAUGUUUCCCCUUGGAUUUAUCACUUACGGUGGACCCCUAGCUCAUAUCAAUGUGCUUAGAGAAAGAUUUAAAAAUUACACAACUGAGGAUGAAUUUCAAGAAUUAUUUGCAUUGUGUUAAACCUUACCUGGUCCCACUUCUACUCAAAUGGUAAUAGCAGUAGGAGCCAAUCUUACACAUAGUUGUUUGGGAGGAUUAGUAGCAUUUCUAUAUUUUAGUAUGCCAUCAGCAUUUGUAAUGAUGGUACUAGGUCUCACUGUUCCAAAUUUAUCUAUACCAUGGAUACAAUUAUUGAUAAAUGGAUUUAAAUAUGCAUCAAUUGGAGUAAUAAUGGAAGCAGCUUAUAAAUUGUCAAAUGGAGCCAUUAAAAAUAAAUUUCAUUUGUUCUUGUGGAUUGUAAGUGCAAUCGUAACGACAUUUUUUCCCACACCCUCCAUUGCAGUAUUAAUGAUCGUAAUUGGAGCCAUCGCAAACUAUGUUUCAGAUCGAUAAAUCGGAUAAUAAUUGUUAAUUCCUUAAGAAGAACAAGUGUAGCACAGUUUUGAUAGUUGGUUGCUGGGCUAUAGAUCAUUGGUUGGAUACGGAAUUUCAUUUGUUUUGUUUUUCUUUUUAUCCUACAUUGAUUGGAUGCCUAUAGCAGUGUGCAGUAAUCUAUUCAAGACAGGCAGUUUGGUUAUUGGUGGAGGACAUGUAGUUUUACCUAUGAUUUAAUUUUCUUUAUCAGAUUAUUUGACUACAGAACAGUUUUGGAAUGCCUUCGCUUUGGUUUCCUGUAUGCCUGGCCCUAUGUUCAAUAUUGCAAUUUACAUUGGAGCCUUAAUAGGAGGAAUACCGAUGGCUAUUUUGGCAGAAAUGUUUAUGUUCCUUCCUGGAUUCUUCACAAUAUUUGGAAUAUUGCCUUAUUGGAAGAAAUACAGAGGAUUAAGAACUAUAAGGGCAGUUUUAUAAGGAAUAGCAGCAGUUGCAGUUGGAUUUAUAUUAAGUGCAAUAGUGCAUUUGAUAAUUAACUCUUGUAAUAAUGGUGUUGUAGUUCCUAUAGGCAUAGGAAUCCUAAGUUGUUUGUGUCUGUACAAAGGCAUUCCAAUACCAUUUGUUAUAAUUGGAGGUGGAUUUAUUAAUUUAUUAACAGAAUAUAAAUGA